GUGCUUGGAUGCUUCCCUCUCCCGCAUAUGUGUCUAGUCCUACAGUAAAGCAACUGAUACGGCGGCAAGGCGGCAGGUAAAAUCGGGGUUUAGUGCCGCUGCGAGAUGGCUGGACAGCAGUUUCAGUACGACGACAGUGGCAACACCUUUUUCUAUUUCCUCACGUCAUUUGUGGGACUAAUAGUCAUCCCAGCCACCUAUUACCUCUGGCCCCGGGAUCAGAAUGCGGAGCAAUUGCGGUUGAAGAGUUUACGGAGAGUUCAUGGAAGAUGUCUGUGGUAUCGCCUUCGGCUUAUGAAAUCACAACAGAGCAUUGUUCCAACACUUAAAAAAGCAGCCCUGUUGUUUGGGUGGGCAGUAUUUCUUUUCCUGGCCUAUAAGGUGUCUAAAUUAGAUCGCGAGUACCAGGAGUAUAACCCCUAUGAGGUCCUCAACUUGGACGCGGGGGCAUCUGUUGCUGAGAUUAAGAAGCAGUACAGAGUUCUGUCUCUAAAACACCAUCCUGAUAAAGGUGGAGAUGAGGCCAUGUUCAUGAAGCUGGCUAAAGCUUACUCAGCUUUGACAAAUGAGGAAUCACGGAAAAACUGGGAGACCUAUGGCAACCCUGAUGGCCCAAGAGUGACGAGUUUUGGAAUCGCUCUUCCUGCGUGGAUUGUUGACCAGAAAAACUCCAUGCUGGUGCUGCUGGUCUAUGGGUUGGCUUUUAUGGUCAUCCUUCCAGUGGUUGUGGGCACAUGGUGGUACCGUUCCAUUCGCUACAGCGGUGAUCAGAUCCUGAUCAACACAACUCAGCUUUUUAUGCACUUUAUGUACAAAACGCCUACAAUGAACAUGAAACGAUUGGUGAUGGUGUUGACGGCAGCGUUUGAGUUUGAUCCUCGUAGUAACAAAGAGGCCAUUAUAAGACCAACAGACAACAUAGAAGUUCCUCAGUUGAUUCGGGAGCUGGGGAAUAUUAAUGUUAAGAAGAAGGAGCCUCCAUUCUGCUAUCCCUACAGCCUGAAGGCUCGAGUCUUAUUACUUACACACCUUGCCAGGAUGGAUGUUUCUGAGAACAUAGAGGAGGAUCAAAGGUUUGUGGUGAAGAAGGGCCCUGCUUUACUACAGGAAAUGAUCAAUGUUGGCUGUCAACUCACUAUGAUGGCAACCAGUAGAGGAGGACUCCGGGCCCCCAGGCUGACGUCCAUAGAGAACUGCAUGAAACUGUCUCAGAUGGUGGUUCAAGGACUGCAGGAGGCCAAAUCUCCUUUCUUGCAGCUGCCCCAUUUUGAAGAGGAGCACCUCCGAUACUGUAUCUGUAAAAAGUAUAAGGUGCGGACGUUGCAAGAUCUUGUCAGUCUGAAAGACUCGGACAGGAGAAACAUGCUGAGAUUCCUUGGGGAUGAGAAGUAUGAUGAGGUCAUGGCGGUCCUCGGGAGCUUCCCCUCUAUCAACAUGGAAACUAAACUUCAAGUCUUGGACGAUGAAGAUAGCAAUAACAUCACAGCAGGAUCCAUUGUCACAGUUACAGUUACCUUGACAAGGAAGAGAAUGUCUGAGAUGUUCGAGAAAGAGGAGAAUGCACCUCUACCUACAGAGGAAGCUAAUACAGAGGAGCAAGGUGAUGCCAAAAACAAAACAAAAGUUUGGCAAAAUAAGAAUAAAGGAGCUAAAAAAGCUGCCAAGUCCAAAAAGAAGAAACUGACUAAGAAGAAACCAGUCCCCCAACAGCAAGCAAAAGGAGACAAGGCCAAACAGGCCAAUGGCAAUGUGGCAGGAAAUGAAGUUGCUGCAUCAAAAGAGGAAGAGGACGAUCUCUCUGAUAAAGGCAGUGAAUCGGACGAAGCAGAGGGAAAUAAGGACUCGCCUAGCGAGAGAGAUGAGGAGAGUGACACUGAGAUGGACGAGAUUGCCGGAGAUGAUGAGGAGGAAUGGGAGGCCCUACAACAGAGCAUUCAGCGUCGUGAAAGGGCGCUAUUGGAGACCAAGUCUAAGGUCACACACCCUGUCUACAGCCUGUACUUUCCUGAGGAGAAACAGGAGUGGUGGUGGCUCUACAUCGCAGAUAGGAAAGAGCAGACACUGGUGUCUAUGCCCAAUCAUGUGUGCACACUCAAAGACACCGAGGAGGUUGAACUGAAAUUCCCCGCUCCAUCCAAAACUGGAAACUAUCAAUAUUCUGUGAUUCUCAGAUCAGAUUCAUUCAUGGGAUUAGAUCAGGUCAAGCCACUCAAGCUGGAGGUUCAUGAGGCGAAGGCCAUGAUGGAUAACCACCCGCAGUGGGAUAUCCCAGAAACUGAGGAAGAAGAGGAUGACCCAGAGGACAGUGAUGGCAUUGAGGAGUCUGAGGAAGAUGAAGAAGACAACGACUAAUCCAGUCAUUUCAUGCAAACUUGAGCACAGCUCAUACACCCAUGUGCACACACACACACACACACACACACAUACACACACACCCACACCCACAUAGCCCCAGACCGUUGCCGUCUUCUGGGCCGCCACAGACCGGAGGCAAACAGGAGACAAGGACGUUGACGCCCCCUCUUCCUGUUUAAAACCCUCAUGAAUCACAAAUCUGUCUGAACCGUUUAUUUUGCCAAUCAAAACAAGACUUAAGGAACUGUCGGUUAUCUUUCCCUGCGUUCAUCCAGUCGUUAUCGGUGGGAUGUCACAGUGGUUAUGUGUGGGGUCCAGCUGUGUUUCAUAUUCCUCUCCACUUGACGAAAAACAUGUCUGACCAGCCAAUGCGUCGGAAAAAAUAAAAACCAGAGUACCGCUGAAAAAUCACACACCUCAUGACUGUCAUUUUUCAAUUUUAUGUCCAUUUAUGCUUCAAGGGUGUUUUCUACCUUAUCAUUUUGUAGUUAGAUAUCAAAUUGACCAGGUGUUUUCACUUUUACGAGGCUGUGUGAAGUGAGCACAAGGACUUGGUGCGAUCAGAGCUGCUUGAGCGAGAGUUAUGGGCGAAGGAGCCGCACAGCUGUGGGUUGCAUCUCAAAUUGUCUUCAUCGUCCUGAAGUGUGGAAAUCCAAUACAUUUAUAAAUCUCACCUAUCUUAACUACUUCCAGCUUCUCAUCACGAGCGCAGGUUGUCUCAGCCUCACAAAAAUGACUGCAGACAUUCCACAGCCAGGUCUACUGUUUAGUCCUGAUUUAACCUUUAAUGUUGCUUUACCUAUAACUAUUGUUCCGCUCUUUCACAAAUAAGCAGGUAGAUAUCAGACUGAUUUCUUGCCUCUGUGUAUUAACAUGGCCUCAUUUUUUUUUUUUUUUUUUUAACUCCCUCUAGGACAAUUUAAGUUUUUGAAUAUUGAUUGAACUGGAAACCUAAAAUUCCCCACUGUUGCUGACUGCAGUUGUUACAAAGAGUCUGUGUUUCUAGCGUGAAUGUACACAAGCACAGGUCUUUUCCCAUCAAUCUGUUUGCCAUAGGGCUUUGAAAGACAGGUGGGUGGAAUUAAACCCAAAAUAAAUGAUCAAAUGACAUAUAGGACUUUUGGCUUCCCAUAGAUCUGUAUUCCUCAUCUAUCGAUAGGUUACCUUGAUUUAUUUUUUUAUAUAUAUAUGUUUUACAUUCCACUCUCGUCAAAUAUGAAUGCCUUAUUCAAUGUAUACAAUUUGUAGUGGCCACAAAUAUUGCAAAUGGUUUGUGAUGCAAAAACACCAAUAUAAGUGAUGGGAAUAAUCGAGGGUCAGUGUUUAUUUCUGUAAGUUGUGGAGGGAUGGCAACAGGGCUGAAAAUUAAGGGUAUAUUUUAUUAUUUUUGUUCCAUUUCAAUGUUAUUUUUGCGCCAGUGGAAGGUCUGACAGCGUAUUGGAAGUGCUGAUUUAGUGGUUGUGAAAAUAUUAGUCUGGUCUUUUUAUUUAUCAAUCAGUGGGAGAGGUGACUGAUAUGAAAUUUUUUGAAAUGUAGAAAUGCGUAUGAAAUGAUAAUCUU